AAGGAGGAAAGGAAGAACGUAGAAACGUAAAAAGAAAGAAAAAAAAGAAGAAGAAGAAGAAGAAGAAAGCGUUAGAUUGACGUUGGAUCGGCAUGAUCGGUGCGUCUCCAUGGAAGGUGGGCCAUUGAGGCGUACGGUGGGCGGCUGUGCGUCGAACCUCGAAAGGGAACACCACGCGUCGAAGAGAAGGCGUCUGUCGACGAGACGAGUUUGAUAUCCUUGAUCUCUCCAAGACGAAUAAGAAAGGUAAAUAAAUAGAUAGAGAUAAAUAAAGAGAGAAAGAAAGAGAGAGAGAGAGAGAGAGGGAGGGGGAAAGAGUCCACUCCAGGGACAUACGCACAUGCCGUGUCCGGGAGAUGUACGGAAUCUCGAGAGGAGCUCGUCGCGCGGGUGGAUUCAAUUCGAUGCGACGUCGUCAUCAUCGUCGUCAGAGAUUCUGCGACGGAGCUAAUGAAAAGAGAUUCGAAAAUAUCGUAGAAAAAGCGAGCAGUGUUGCAGAGAAAUCAAGAGUAGUAAUAAGAGCAGGAGGAGAAACAGCAGCAGCAGCAGCAGCAGCGGCGGCGGCAACGGCAACAAUAGCGCGCCGGUGGCAGUGACUGUCGGCGGUAGUUUGGUGGGAGUCGCAGGGGGAAACGGAGAAAGAGAGGGGGGAGAGGAGCGUGUUUUUCCGAGAUUCGUCGUCGAAGAAGAACGAGAGGGUCAGUUCCGGCCCGCUCGGCUGGCGGUGCGCGUCUCUUCUUUGGUUAUUCGUAGUGUGUGAGCGUGCGUGUGCGUGUGCGUGUAUAUAUAUAUAUCAUAAUAUAUAUAUAUAUCAUAUAUAUAUAUAUAUAUAUAUCGUGUAAGCAAGUUAAGUAAGUGUGCAGACGAGAUCGUUGUGCGCGCGAGGUACGGUUAAACGGCCUUAUCUAAAAAGAAGAGUGAGAGAAGGAAGAGAGAAAGAGAUAGCGAGAAGGAGGGAGAAAGAAGAAGGAUAGAGAUAUAUACACAAGCGUGCGGGCGCGCGCGCGCACUCAACGAACCAACUCGACGAACAUAGUGCGUGCAUUUGAGUCACGCGCGCUCCUCUGUUAACUUCUUUUCGAAUACGGUGGAGAACUUUUAAAGGAAAUUCUCUCGCUUAUAUACACGUAUAAAUCUCUUAGAAGGAGAAGGAGAAAAAAGUUCGAAUGGAAUAGUGGAGAUUCGGAGUGACCGGUUCGUUGGAAGAUAGAAAGAGAGAGAGAGAGAGAGAGUGGGAGGGAGAGAGAAAGAAAGAAAGCAAGAGAGAGAGAGAGAGAGAGACAGAAAAAGAGUGUGAGAGUGAGAAAGAAGAUAUCUUGAAGCGGUGGCCGCGCCUCGUACGACUAUCAUCAUCGAGAGAAGAGCAUCAGAGGUGGUAGCAGAGUGACAGCCAACAGUGGUGGUGGUGGUGGUGGUAGUGGCCGAUACUCUAGCAACGCUAUAUAAUCUCUGGAAUGUGACAGGAAACUCUCGUAGCGUGGAAAAUCUUGGAAAAGGAUUACCAUCGGACGUUCCUUAGCAAGAGAUAAAAAUCAGCUGGUAUGUCAAAUAAUCAGCUGGUUGACUCCUGUCUGCUGGUGAAUCGCCGGAUUGAGCAGAGACAGGAGCACAACAUAACGCGCACUGAGAUAACGCAGAGACGCGUACUUCAGGACAAAGGUUCCGACAUGCCACAGUAUACCGGACAGAGUGACGCGGACUAUCAUGGAAGUAACGGACAAGCGGAUACACAUUCGUUACACUCAUCUCAUCUGUCUGUCCAAGAGGAUCCAUUGCUCAUCCGAACUCAUAAACAACAGACUUCACAGCAAGUAACUACCGUGACGAAAGUAGUGCGUGAGGUUUCACACAUGGAACCAGAUCCAGGUGCAGUCAGUUACAUGUCGGUGCCAUUGAUGUCGCAAGAGUAUCAACAUGCUGAUCCGAGAUAUCCAGCGGAUCCAUACAUGGUCAGUUUUGACCAUUACGAUCCAUACCUUGGCUACCCUCCGCAACCUGGUUAUCCAGGUCCUCAUGGAAUUUACAUGCCACGAUCGCAUUCACCACACAGCCCGCAUAGUCCGUCAGAGCACAGUCGUGCAUCACCACCGCAUGAAUAUCUGCGUAAAGCAGCACCAUUCGUCGAAGGUGGUUACAACGACAUUGACCCAGGCCUUAAUCCGGCUUUACAAGAUCACUAUCGCAUCACUCCAAGUCCUGGCGGUCCCGGAGAUCAAUAUGAUCAGAUCAGCAACUCAUGGAAUAUGGAUGACUCCGGCGAGCCUUCACAACAUCCUCAUGAUGAGAGUAAAGUGGCCUAUGGUUACGUAUCUCCGUCCCCAUAUGGACCAGUAGGAUACGGCCCUGGCGUUGGGGUAGGUCCAGUGCCAGUUCCUAACGAUGUUCCCGGAUAUGACGAAGGUCAUCCGAUUCCAUUGUCGUCUGGUGUACCACCUGGUAUAUUCGAGGACGAGGUACACCUUCAACGAUUACAAUCCGGUCAUCCGGUCGUUCCUGGAAUGGCAUCGCCCUUGGACGAUGAUCAAAAAUCAAUGAGAUGGAGAGAUCCUAAUUUAUCGGAGGUUAUCGGUUUUCUGAGCAGUCCAAAUAAUAUAAUCAAAGCUAAUGCAGCUGCCUAUUUGCAACAUCUUUGUUAUAUGGACGAUCCGAAUAAACAGAAAACACGUAGUCUAGGAGGUAUACCACCCUUAGUGCAAUUAUUGGAUCAUGACGAUCCCGACGUCUAUAGAAACGCUUGUGGGGCGUUACGAAACUUGUCUUACGGAAGGCAAAACGACGAGAACAAGAGAGCGAUAAAGAACGCUGGUGGUGUACCCGCUCUGAUUCAUUUGUUGCGUAUGACGCUUGAUGCCGAUGUAAAGGAACUUGUAACCGGAGUACUGUGGAAUUUGUCUUCUUGCGAAGAUUUGAAACGAUCGAUCAUCGACGACGGAGUGACGAUGGUAGUGAAGAAUAUAAUAAUACCUCAUAGUGGCUGGGAUCCAAGUUCUUCAAGCGGCGAGACAUGUUGGUCGACGGUAUUUCGAAAUGCAUCGGGUGUUUUAAGAAACGUCUCUAGUGCUGGAGAAUACGCGAGAAAGAAGUUAAGGGAAUGUGACGGACUCGUGGAUGCCCUUUUAUACGUAGUGCGUUCCGCGAUUGAAAAGUCGAACAUUGGGAAUAAGAUAGUGGAAAAUUGCGUCUGCAUCUUAAGAAAUUUAAGUUAUCGGUGUCAAGAAGUUGAAGACCCGAAUUACGACAAACAUCCGAUACAGUCGGCCGUGCAGAACAGAGUUGCGGCACCAGUGAAAGCAUACAGUUUAUGCCAAGGUGAAAAUUUGGGUUGCUUUGGUGGUAGUAAAAAGAAAAAGGAUGGACAACCAGUUCAAAAGGAGAACGCAACGUCACGCACGACGAGCCCAAGAACGGAACCCGUCAGAGGGAUGGAGUUACUCUGGCAACCGGAAGUCGUUCAGUCUUAUUUAAGCCUUUUACAGACAUGCUCUAAUCCGGAAACAUUAGAAGCUGCAGCGGGAGCAUUGCAAAAUCUCGCUGCUUGUUACUGGCAACCGAGCAUUGAAAUUCGUGCAGCUGUAAGGAAGGACAAGGGUCUUCCUAUUUUAGUCGAAUUGUUAAGGAUGGAGGUGGAUCGAGUAGUUUGCGCAGUAGCGACUGCCUUGAGAAAUCUCGCGAUAGAUCAGCGCAAUAAGGAGUUAAUUGGUAAAUAUGCGAUGAGAGAUCUCAUUCAGAAGUUACCCUCGGGAAAUAAUCAGCAUGAUCAGGGGACGAGCGACGAUACGAUAGCAGCAGUACUUGCGACUUUGAACGAGGUCAUUAAAAAGAACGCCGAAUUUUCACGAUCGUUGUUGGACGCUGGUGGUGUCGAUAGGCUUAUGAACAUAACGCGACAACGUCAAAAAUAUACACCUCGUGUUCUCAAGUUCGCAGGACAAGUCCUUUUCACCAUGUGGCAGCAUCAGGAAUUACGAGACGUUUAUAAGAAACACGGUUGGAAGGAACAGGACUUUGUUACGAAAACUGUCGCAGCUCGAAACUCCGGACCUAAUUCGCCAAAUAACGCCAACAGCUAUGAUUGUAGCACAUUGAAUCGACCAAUGGCGAGCCAGGGAAGUACGAGAUACGAAGAUCGAACGAUUCAAAGAGCUAAUAUUAAUUCAAAUAACGUUGGACGACCUACGAUUUACCAAUCUCAGCCGAAACCCGGUGAGCCGCUCUACGCGCAAGUUAACUUGGAGAAGAAAAAGAAGCGGCAAUACGAGCUGGGGGUGGGCCAGGGCGGUGGCGGUGGAGGUGGCGGAGGCGGCGCCGGUAGCGGUGGUGGUGGUGGUGGUGGUGUUGUUGGUGGUGUUGGUGUUGGUGGUAUCGGUGGUGUUGGUGUUGUCGGUGGUCAGAAUCAGGGACCGGUCGGUACGGUAUCGAGCGUUACUGGUGGAGCUGGCGGAACGCCAGGUACCACUCAGUGGAUGCCUGAUGGCGUCUCUAUCGGUGUCCAAGAUGGGACAUCAGGAAAUGCUACCGUUAGUAUACCACCAAGUUCAACGGCAGCAUCUGCAGGUGAUUCUUGGGUAUAAAAUGCGUCCUGUAAACUCGCGAAAUUUUUUUUCGAUACGAUUCAUCGAACGAAAGGAUCACAUCAACGUUUGAACUAUUUCAUAUUCGACGACGACGGCGACGACGACGACGACGACGACGACGACGACGACGACGACGACUGCUGCUAUUAUUACUAUUACUACACUACUACUAUUACUACCACUGCUACUAUUAUUACUACAACUAUUACUAUUACUAUUAUUAUGAAUACUACGACUAUAAUGCGUUCUUCUUCCACAAAUUUUUCGUCCUCGUCGUUAUCUCCAUUAUUAUUAUUAUCAUCAUCAUCAUCAUCGUUAUCAUCGUCAUUAUUAUUGUCAUUAUUAUCGUCGUCAUCGUCAUCGUCAUCAUCAUCAUCAUCAUCAUCAUCAUCAUCAUCGUUAUCAUCAUCACCACCAUCUUUUACUCCGAGCCUGCUCGUCGUCGAGCACAGCGAAAUAUAUGUACGUCUACGUUCAUCGGCCAUUGAAGAGCUAGGACGAUUCAAGGAGGAAGAAGUCUUUUACGUUCUUUCUUUCUCUCUGUUUUGUGACGUUGAGAGAAAGAAUGAAGAAAGAAGAAAAAAGCUUUUCAAAAGUUUUACCUGUCGAUACAUCAUAGCGCUCUCUUAAUACCAUUUGAAUCAGCGACCCCCGUAACUCCUUUCUUCUUUACGCCUGAUUGUAUAUACAUAUUUAUAUAUAUAUAUAUAUAUAUACACAUAUAUAUAUACAUAUGUGUCAGUGUUCCACGUAAACGCAAACAUUUGUUAAGAUACAUAAGUAUGACUUGAACAUACAUACAUACAUACGUACAUACAUACAUACAUACAUAUAUGUAUAUAUGUGCGUGUGUAUAUAUACGAACAUACAUAUACAAUAAUGUAUUAUUAUUAUUAUCGUAUUAUAUCAGUGAAAUGCGAAAAAGAGGAGAAUUCAAAAAUGCACUCUCUUGCACCCUUUCUUUGAUCUACGAUGUCUAACAAACAAAAAUGGCGACUCGUCCGACCACAUCCGCAGCAACAGUAGUCGCACUAAUGGCUCUAAAGAUAUAAUAAAAAAUAAAUAAAUAAAUAAAUAAAUAAAUAAAUAAAUAAAUAAAUAUACAAACAAGUAAAGGAAACUUCAUUGCACAAUUCUAAAUUAAUAUGUGUAUAUAUAUAUAUAUAUAUAUAUAUAUAUAUACACAUAUACAUACGUACAUAUAUACAAAUAUAUAAAUAUACAUGUACAUUUUAUGUCGCAUCACCAAAUGCGACGGCGAUGAGUAUACCAGUGAGCGUACGCUAUUGUUUGCAUUAUUAUAAAUAAGUGUACGUAUUAAUAUACGAUUAGGAUAUUAUAUAUACAUAUAUAUAUAUAUACAUAUAUAUGUGUGUGUGUGCGCGUGUGUGUUCGACUGAAGGAAUAAGUGAGAGAGAAAGAGAGUAAUAAAUACAUACACACUCACACACACGGACAUACGUAUAUACACAUAUAGCACUAUAUAUAAAAGUGUAAGAAUGAAAUGGAAUAAUUAAGUGUACGUGAUAUAUAUAUAUAUAUGUAAUAUAUAUAUAUACAAUAUAUAUAUAUACAUAUAUAUAAAUAAUAUAAUUAUUUGUAUUAAUAUAAAUUUUGUCGAGGCUGUGGGUGUGGCAUGAGGAUGGUGAUGAGAUUUAUAAGCUGCACUAUUAUUACGAACAUAGUCUUUGUUUUUACGGCGCAUGGGUUAAAAAAAAUAUAUAUACAUUAUAUACAUUAUAUACGUACACAUAUACACACAUAACAUAGGAAAAGAGAUAAUAUUCCAUGUAUAUGCAAAAAGAAAAAGAGGAAAAGAAAAAAGAAAAGAUGCGUGUGCCUGCGAAAAGAAAAUAAUGUGUCUCUGCUCGUGUUCGACGUCGGAUUGUCCCUUAUCUAUGCGUGCAAUUGCGCGAAUAUAAGAUUUAAAAAGA